AUGCAACACCUGUGGAAGAACAAGUUGGAUUGGGACGACCCGCUGCCUGACACACUGAUCAAAUGGUGGUCGGAUCAUCGAUCUUCCUACAGUGCUCUUCGCUCCUUUGAAUUACCACGGCAUUUCAAUGACGAACACACUCAGGUAACCACAUAUAGUCUGCACGGUUACAGUUACAGUUCGGAACAGGCUUAUGCUGAUGUUCUUUACCUAGUGUCGGUGUUUCCUGACGGCCGAUCAUCAUCAAAUUUAGUUCUGUCUAAGACCAGAGUCGCACCUCUCGGCACGCUCGGUGUGGCGGCAGGUCUCAUCUCAAGACAAUCCUGCUGA